AGAUAUUUUUUUCAGAAUAAACUGAUGCAAUAUCGAUAAUUCAAAAGAUCAUUCAAUCUUCUCUGAAACUACAUAUUUCCCUUCAAUUUUUUUUUGUGAAAAAUGGCGUCAACAAGUGCUCUCUCGGCUGGGAUUUCAAACCUCCAUAACUUUUCCUCAGUAUCCUUCUACAAUCCAAGUCCUAAUGUGAAUCAAGUUGGCAUGUGGACUUUGUCAAGAUCCGGCUGUCGAAAGGUUUCAGAUAAUCCCAGGCCUAUGCAAAUACGUGCUCUGUUUGGAGGCAAAAAGGACGACAAUGAGAACAAUAAGGCAGGUCUUCUGGGAAACAUGCAAAACUUAUACGAGACGGUGAAGAAGGCACAAAAUGUGGUUCAAGUUGAGGCAGUGCGAGUACAAAAAGAGCUCGCUUUAGCAGAAUUUGAUGGUUACUGUGAAGGUGAACUAAUCAAGGUAACGCUGUCUGGGAAUCAGCAACCUAUACGUACUGAAAUUACUGAGGCUGCCAUGGAACUGGGGCCAGAAAAACUCUCACUUUUAAUUACAGAGGCAUACAAGGAUGCACAUCAGAAAAGUGUACUAGCAAUGAAAGAAAGAAUGAGCGAUCUUGCACAGAGCUUGGGAAUGCCAGCAGGCCUCGGCGAAGGAUUCAAGCAGUGACAUUGUCUCGUGAAGAAUCAUCUGUCACUGAGUUUCAAUUUUGUACUCUAGACGACGUUAGUAUAUUUGCAUCAACCUUAUGAAUACAUGUUUAAUUAAGUUGUAAUUUAUGGGUAAAGAUUAUGCAUUCAAAGAUUUUGGUUUGAACGUUCAAUUUCCUUCACAAUGAAUAGAGUUGUUAAAGAGUUGAAUCAUAACUUUGAGUGCUCCUUGUUGA